UUAAAUUUGCAAUCUCUGAUAAAGCAGAGAUCAUAAGUCUUAGUGGAGGUGGGAGUUAUCACACAACACAGCGGCUUGAAAUAUUAUUCAUAUUUCAGAGAAUAGUCGACGACUAGUAUCGUUGAUAUUCAUACAUAUUUAUUCUAACACUGUGUCCAAUUAGAUAGGUUUUUCAAAAGCGCUUCAUAUUGUUUACCAAAGAAAUGGUGAUGGAGAAGCCAAGUUCCCUGCUGGUCGGCCGGGAGUUCGUGAGGCAGUACUACACACUGCUAAACAAGGCACCAGACUUCCUCCACAGGUUCUAUGGAAGGAACUCCUCCUACGUUCACGGUGGUCUCGACUCCAACGGCAAAGUGGCGGAGGCGGUCUACGGCCAAGCGGAGAUCCACAAGAAGGUGAUGUCACUGCAGUUCAGCGAGUGUCACACGAAGAUCAGGCAGGUUGACGCUCACGCCACGCUGAGCGACGGCGUGGUCGUCCAGGUGAUGGGAGAGCUGUCCAACAAUGGUCAGCCAAUGAGGAAGUUCAUGCAGACAUUCGUGCUCGCCCCAGAGGGAUCUGUGGCAAACAAGUUCUACGUACACAACGACAUAUUCCGCUACGAGGACGAGGUAUUUGGCGACUCGGAGGCUGAGCUGGACGAGGAGUCAGAAGAGGAAGUGGAGGAGGAGGUGGAGGAGAGGCCAGUGUCCCCAGAACCCCUGCAGGACAGCCCCAACAGCACCACCUACUACGACCCUCACCCUGUCUCAAAUGGUGUAGAGGAGCCCAUGGAGGAGCCGGUGCCGGAGGUGGAGGUGGAGGGGGAACCUGAGCCCAAGCCAGAAGAGGCCAAGCCCGAGGUGGAGGAGAAGGUUCUGGAGGAGGUGGAAAAGGCCCCCUCUCCACCCCCUGUGGAGUCCCCACCCCACACUCAGGAGCCCCCCAAGACCUUCUCCUGGGCCUCAGUGACCAGUAAGAAUCUGCCACCCAGCGGAUCAGUUCCUGCCUCCGGGAUCUCUCCCCACGUUGUCAAGGCACCCAGCUCGCAGCAGCCCAGAGUGGAGGCCAAGCCAGAGGCCCAGACAGCCCCCAGCCGGCCCCGGGACCAGCGCACACGUGACAGACCGGCCUUCGUACCGCGGGGGGCCAGGCCUGAUGGUGUUGCGUCUUCAGAAUCACAAACGGGGAAACCACACUUCAGUUUUGUCAACAAAGGGCGUGGCGACUCUGAGUCGAGUGAGCUGGACAACAGAAGAGUGGUUCGUUACCCUGACAGCCACCAGCUAUUUGUGGGAAACCUUCCUCACGACAUCAUCGAGAGCGAGCUCAAGGAGUUCUUCAUGACGUUCGGUAACGUGGUGGAGCUGAGGAUCAAUACGAAGGGCGUCGGAGGGAAGCUGCCUAACUUCGGCUUCGUGGUGUUCGACGACUCCGACCCCGUGCAGAGAAUCUUGGGAGCCAAGCCCAUCAUGUUCCGGGGCGAGGUGCGUCUGAACGUGGAGGAGAAGAAGACCCGAGCGGUGCGUGAGCGUGAAACUCGAGGCGGCGGAGGUGACGAGCGCAGGGACAUGCGGCGCAGCGACCGGGGCCCUGGGGGGCCCGGCGGCCCCCGCAGCAUUGUGGGUACCGGCGGAGGCAUGAUGCGGGACGGCAGGGGCCCGCCACCGCGGGGGGCCAUGGCCCCCAAACCUGGCCUUGGCUCCGGCAGGGGGGCGGGGGGGCAGGGCCAGGGAGAGGGCCGCUUCACCACCCAGCGCCGCUGAGGACAGCGCCCCCUGCAGUUUCGGAAGUAGUACCACGUUCUUCAUCUGCUCUACCGCGUUCUUGUUAACGAUUUAAAAAAAAUAAGUCUACAUGUAUAAACGUAUAUACUUUUGUUUGUUUUUUUUUUUGGUUGAGAAAUUUCUUUUAUUUUUAAUUUCUUUCCCUUUUUUCUUGGGUUUUUUGAAAUGUGACGACAUGUCAAGUUUCUUCUGUGGAUGAAACCAAGAUAAGCAAAACAGUUUGGCUGUUUUCUUUCUGUGUUUUGGUCUCACGAGCUGAGUGUCCUGUUUCACAAACAUUCAUUUGUAAAUUUGAGGAAAAAUAAAACAUCAGCCCAACCAGGAGUGAUCCUCAUCAAGAGACUGGACUGAUCUGCCUCCCCUGCCCACAGGUCCACCAUUUGGAAAAGAGAUUAUAUCCCUUAACUGGCCAGGGGUGCUACUUCACAAAAAUCCCUCUCGUGCACAUUUUUAUAGAUGGUGGUUUCUCUACCCAGUGACUGUUGGGGUGGGGGGGGGGGAGUACGAGGUGCAGUUUGAAAGGGAGAAAAGCAGAUGCGUUUUUUUUUUGUUCCUUUUGUUUGGAAAAAAGGAACACUGCUUGAAAACCGAGUUGCUCGAUGCUCUCAUGAGCGGGCCGAGAGGGAACACCCUCCGUUCACACUGGUGUUGUGAAGCGCAGGAACAUCUGGGGGUGGGGGGGCUGUCUGCUCUGAUCAAUGGGCUGUCUCCUUCCUACCCAGAGAAACACUUCAAUAUUUACAAGACAACAGCCAACAGACCCUAACCAGAAACACCACUGACAUGUCACUUCUUUAUUCCUCCCCCCCCCCUCCACUUUUCUUUUCAUCAAUUGAAAUAAAAGCUCUCAAACUGGACUUUAACUUAGAACAUUAGGCUGGGGGGAGUGGGGGGGGGGGGGGGGGGGGGGGGGGGGGGCUGAUGAAGUGACAAUGUCUUCUCUUUCUUUGUUGAUGUUUAUUGUUUCUCUCUUCUGCUCCAUCUGUGAUGCCAUGAUCCUGGGAAGGCUCCUCCUCCAACACCAUCUGAACCUGGAACAGAAUAAAUGUACAAAUCAUAGUUUACUGUAUGUUCGGUUUUGGUUUUUAGUUUUUCUUUUCAACUUGAUAUAAAAAAGCAUGAUGGUGCCUUCGGUUUGCUCUUUUCCAACUUUGCGUCUGCGAGUCGAGGGUUCGUGGGCUCCCUUACUUUUCCAUAACUGAGAAGUUUUGAACCUUUUUGUCUGAAUGCUAAAAGCAACUUGUAGAACGUUCAUCACACAGAACCCCCACCACACAACCAGUGGUUUACAAACUGUUCAGACCUACUGUACCUACGAGAACUUGCUGUCAGUUAUUUUGUACAUUUGAUUAUAGUAUCUGCUGUUUGGGGAGCUGAGACGAGGGGUAAUUUUUUAGACGCUCAAAAGGUGUAGAGGUGAAAACAGGAUGGGGUCAUGGAUAAUGCGGUACAGUUUACAUGUAAAUGGUAAAUGUUUUGGUUCGUUGGAACUGCCAAGUCAGUUUGGAGGUGAAUCCUAGGUUCAGUUCCAAGUCUCCAGUAUUGAUGAGAUGGUAUGUGGUUGUGACGGACAGGGAAACCUUGGACUUUGUUGUGACUGUGCUGGACCGUGGGAUGUUGAAGCCCACCAGGUGGCUCCAGGCAGGAUCGCUUUCUCUGUCCUCAACAACAAACUUUAAUUUUCUUGACAGCCAUUUUGUAUGAGACUUCAAGGGUGCGGAGGGGCACCUCUGCUAUCUGUUCUGUGACAACAAAAAACUACAACUCCCAUCCACGCUCUGCAGUUCAUCCACGCUUUUUCUGUGUGUUCGAAAACAACACCGCUACAUCUGUUUUGCUGCAUUAUAGCGAACACAUUUAAUCACUUUGCUGGUUCCAGACAAGCCACAAUAAGAGUGUUGGUACUUCUCUAAAGACUGAAAUGUUGUUUUCUCCUCCUGUGCUCUCUGAGAAGACAAGAUGGAGAUGUGUGUUUCCAGUGGGUCUUGUCCUUCACCAGAACAGGAAGACAUCUGAUGGGACUUUUUUUUCUAGAAACGCUAAACUGUCCUUGUGUCUGGGACUGUCAGGGUAUGAACUCCUCCCCCAGUUCCUCACCAUGUCAAAACUCAACAGGGUGGGAUUUCGUAGGAUUCUUUAGAAACCCGUCUAGUCCUGGCAGCACCUCCCAGUCGCUCUGCUGAAAUGUUGUUCAGCCGGCAGGAGCGGAGAACAGCUGUGAGGCAGUCCUUUGUGUCUUUGGCUGUGGGACAGCGUGGCGGUCUGUAACACUUCCACCUCUCCCCUCCACCUCCCCCAUGUCCCACAGCUGAGUCCUCCAGUCAGACGGACCUGGUCUGGAACAUCAGUGUUUGUGGUUCUGCAGAGUGAUGUGGGUUCAGGGUAGUCUACGGUUGUUUCUCAAACGGACAUAUUUCACAGUUGCCUGUAUGCUACGGUCACCGUGGUUACAGCCCGCCAUGGUUACGGCCUGCCAUGGUUACGGCUUAAAAGCGCCUGAAAGGGUGCUUAAAAUAAACAAAACUGCAAUUUUACCUUUUACAAUUUUCAACAACGGUUGAUGGGAAAACAAGAAUUGAGGAAAAUCUCAUUAUGCUGAAGUCAGAGCAAAAACUAAAGUCACAAUGGUGUCAAAGAUGUUUAAUGUGAGCAGAUAGAUUUUGUGUUUUUUUGCUAAACAUUUCAGUGACCCUAACCCUCCCAAUUGUCAAAGGCCCUCUAAAGAACAUUGGCUAUCAUAUCUUUUUCUUUUCAUGGUUGAAAAAGCAGUAGAGUGGAUUUCAGAUGAAUCAUUCCAGUCCUCUUUUGUCUCUGAAGAAGCUCCUCUCAGCUUCAGUAGCUGUUAGUAAGAAGUCCUCAUCUUUCUCCUGUCUACCCUCCUCUUCCUCUCUCUACCCUCCUAGUCCUCUCUCUACCCUCCUCUUCCUCUCUCUACCCUCCUCUUCCUCUCUCUACCCUCCUCUUCCUCUCUACCCUCCUCUUCCUCUCUCUACCCUCCUCUUCCUCUCUCUACCCUCCUCUUCCUCCCUACCCUCCUCUUCCUCUCUCUACCGUCCUCUUCCUCUCUCUACCACUCCCUUGUCCCUCCUCUACUUGUUGCUAGUAGGGAAACAAGACUAGUGCAGCUGCAUCUGUUUUGUUUAUUUGUUACUUUCCCAUUUGAAUGUGUUGGACUUGACAUACAAUAAACUACUGACAUCUGCAUCA